GGUGUGCUGGAGCACAGACCCGGCUACAGCCUGCAGGACUGGGAUUUAAGACUCCUGCUCUAAAAUAUCUACACACAGUCACAACAGGCUCCACCUUCUUCUCCCAAGCCUCCCUACAGAUUAGUGGACACAAUUCCAGGGUGUGUUUGUUGUCUCCAGACAGCAUGAGGUCUUAUGGAGAUAAUGAGGGAUAUUGUGACCAGGUGGAGCAGAUACUUUUCAGCAGAAGUGUAUUGUGAGGAGGAGCUCCUCAGAGACUGGUUGGACUGGUUUUGAUUCACUACAGCUGCAGUUGCCUUGCUCCCAGCCACUUUAUACCCACACAGAGGGAAGAAGUCCACCAGCCCAUAAGCUCUGAGUUGGGGUCAGAUCCUGGAAGGAAUUCCGACAUGCCUACGGAAGACCGUAAGAACGGACAGCCAAAAACAUACGAUGCCAACUUUAAAGGUCCGAUCCAGAACAGGAGCUGCACGGACGUCAUCUGCUGCGUCCUCUUUGUCCUCGCAAUCCUGGCUUAUGUAGCUGUCGGGAUCCUUGCUUGGUCUCAGGGAGACCCGAGGAAGGCGAUCUACCCCACAGACAGUCGAGGACAGUUCUGUGGACAGGCCGGGACUCCUCUUGAAAAUAAAGGCCUGUUGUUUUACUUCAACAUCAUGAAGUGCGCCAGCCCCAUGGUGCUGCUGGAGUUCCAGUGUCCCACCACACAGCUGUGUGUGGAGAAGUGCCCUGAGACCUCCAUGACCUUACUGAAGGCCUACAGCAACCCUAAAGACUUUGCUUAUUACAAGAACUUCUGCAAGGAGGAGCUGAGCAGUUCAAUGCCUGUUCAAGAGAUCCUCAAGCUGGGCCUGUGUCCUGCUGUGCUGCUGCCCAGCAAAGCCAUCACCCGUCGGUGCUUUCCAGCUCUGGGCCUAAAGGGAGGCGUGGUAACCGUGGGAAACCAGACCACGUUCGAUGACGGACGAGGGAACAGCUUAAAUGCCAACGAUCUGGUGAACGGAGUGAAGAACGCCACGGUGGUCAUGGAGGCUCGUCAGGUGGUGAUGAAAGUCUUUGAGGAUUUCACCCAGUCCUGGUACUGGAUCCUCAUUGGUCUGGUCAUCGCCAUGGCCGUCAGCCUGCUCUUCAUCUUCCUGAUGCGGUUCCUGGCAGGCAUCAUGGUCUGGAUCAUCAUCGCCUUGGUGAUACUGGUGAUCGGAUACGGCAUCUUCCACUGCUACAUGGAGUACGCCUCCCUAAAGGGACAGCCCGGAGCUAACGUGACGAUACAGGAACUGGGUUUGCAGACGGACCCCACCAUCUACCUGCAGAUCAGACAGACCUGGCUGGCCUUCAUGAUUAUCCUGGCCAUCGUGGAGGGAGUCAUCAUCCUGAUGCUCAUCUUCCUGAGGAAGAGGAUCCUCAUCGCCAUAGCCCUCAUCAGGGAAUCCAGCAAAGCCAUUGGACACAUGAUGUCGUCCCUGUUUUACCCGCUGUUCACCUUCCUGCUGCUGGUGAUCGUGGUGGCGUACUGGGCAGUGACAGCUGUCUUCUUAUCUACGUCCAACCAGGCCAUCUACAAGGUGUUUAACGAGUCGGAGUGCACCUACUCCAGGAACAACUGUGACCCGGCUAAUUACUCGACGAGCCUGAUGAAGCAGCAGUGCCGGGACUCGGAGUGCCUCUUUGCCUUCUACGGGGGGGAGACGGUGUACCAUAAAUACCUGAUCGCGCUGCAGUUCUACAACGUCUUCCUCUUCUUCUGGUGCGCCAACUUCGUCACGGCUCUGGGACAGAUGACCUUGGCCGGCGCCUUUGCCUCGUACUACUGGGCCUCGGACAAGACCAAGGACGUGCCUAAGCUGCCCGUCUUCUCCUCCAUGGGGAGGGCUCUCAGGUAUCACACAGGAAGUCUGGCGUUCGGAUCUCUCAUCCUGUCAAUCGUUCAGAUCAUCAGAGUGCUGCUGGAGUAUUUGGACCACAAGCUGAAAGGAGCCCAAAACAAGUGCACCAAGUUCCUGCUGUGCUGUCUGAAGUGCUGCUUCUGGUGUCUGGAGAAGUUCGUCAAGUUCCUGAACAGGAACGCCUACAUCAUGGUGGCAAUCCAUGGCAGAAACUUUUGUGCUUCUGCCAGAGACGCCUUCAUGCUCCUGAUGAGGAACAUCAUAAGGGUUGCUGUGGUGGACAAGGUGACCGAUUUUCUCCUGUUCUUGGGGAAACUUCUCGUCGUCGGGCUUGUGGGAGUCUUUGCCUUCUUCUUCUUCUCUGGAAGAGUGAAGGCGUUUGAGAACACGGCUCCUCACCUGCACUACUACUGGGUCCCCAUCCUGACUGCAGUGAUUGGCUCGUACCUCAUUGCUCAUGGAUUCUUCAGCGUGUACGCCAUGUGUGUGGACACGCUGUUCCUCUGCUUCUUGGAGGAUCUGGAGAGGAACGACGGCAGCCCGGAGAGGCCCUACCUGAUGCCCGAAAGCCUCCGCAAAAUCCUCAAAAAGAAGAACAAGACGGACCCAGCUCAGUAGAGGGCCGGCCCGGGUCUUGGUGAGACGGGACCAUUGGUGUCGAGGACAACGGGAUCUAAACGAGUUCCGGUUCCCCCGGACUUUGGACUGCAGGCAUUUUUAGCUUUAGGUUUUAAGUGUUGUGUUUUAAACCCUUCAUGCAUGUGUGACUCUGAAUAUUUGCUGCGAGUUUGUUUUGGUAUUUUAUCUUCUGAGUGGCUGAGCGUGGAUCGUGUCUGAUGCUGCUGAACUCUUGUAGGACCGGAAGUGUGCGGAUUCAUCUCACUCCGUGUUUGUUUGGAGUUCAGAUUUCUUAUGGUGCAAUUUUCAAAUAAAAGCUUUGUAAGGAAAAA